AUGGGUUGCUUUCUUGUUUGCUUUGGUUCUACAAAAGAUGGGAGGAAACAACGAAAACAGAGCCAGAACAAGUUUCAUCCCGAUGAUGAUGUAAGAACUGUAGAUUACAAACCUGUGCAAUCUGCUAUCUCUUUGAUACAGGGCACCUCCGAAAAUCCCAACACCAAACAGAUUUCACAAGUUCGGGAUGAGUCUGAAAAGGAGUUGAGCUUUAGGGCCAUAAAGAAAGUAACAUUUGACUCCAAUGUCAAGACCCAUGAACAUGUUACCUGCGGAGAAGCUCUGGACCUUUUAUUGAAAAGUGAAAUCGGUGGGAAGGGGGAGGAAAAUAUAGAAAAACCAAGCCAAUCUAAGUCCUCUUCAGAAGAUAGUUUGAUCACAUCAAGCUCGGGAUCUUAUCCUCCAAAUUAUCGAUACCAGAAUUGCAGGGACAGCGAUGACGAGUAUGAAGAACUAGACUGUGCGGAUACUGAUCUUGACGACGAAGACGAUGAUGGUGGACUAGAGGAUGAUGGUCUAUAUGCAGAUGAUGAUGAAGGAAUUGUAAGAUCGAGGAGAACAAUUUCUGUGGCUCAUGUGUUUACUGAGGAGGCUGAUAGCACUAAGCCAAUAUGUGCUUUGCCUGAUGGGGAAAUGAAGCCAAUUGGGUCUAACCAGUAUGCUCGAGAUAGGAGUGCUUAUGUUCAUCCUGUUCUGAACCCAGUAGAAAAUCUUACUCAGUGGAAAGCUGUUAAAGCUAAAGGGGAGCCACAACUGAAGCCUCAGAAAGAGAAUUUUGUCUCAGAUAGAGAAACCCAGGUUUUGUCAGGUUCAGAGCAAAGUUUUAAUGGAUUAUCAUUCAGUUUUAAUUCGGAAACUGAUCAAUCUAAGAAGUCAAACAAGGAAAUAGCAGUUGAUGCUAGCCUUUCCAACUGGUUGGUUCCAUCUGAGAGUCCUGUCAAUAAGACUAGCAGAAACAAUCUUAGUAUUAUUUCGCCUGAGAAAAGCAUGUCACAAGGAUCAAACUCAUCGAGCUUCUUCUACACCAAGGAAGUCUCCGAGUCGAAGCCCUGA